AUGCUGAGGAGAGAGCGCGCGCUCGUACAUUUUUAUGAGACACCACCGUCCAACGCAAUUCUGAGUCGUAGGCUAUGGAACUGGAAACGCACUGGAAAUGUAACGAUGGAUAGAUAAUCUCAAUCGUUUGGCAUUGCUCGGACAGCAAAAACGAACGACAGCAGACAGACAGCGUGUGAAAUUUGUCAAAGGUGAGAUUGAGCGCAGUGAUGAUUCACGAAGGAAAUAUCCUGACUACUUAUCCUCAUCAUCUAAUAAUGAUGAUGGUGCUAUGAACGCAACCUGCGUGAUUUUCCUACUGGUAAGGCUAAUAGAUGCAUCAUUCUAAUUUAAAUAGCCUAUAGAAUGCAGAAGGAACAUCUAAAUUAGGCCACUACACAUUUAUAAGGGCAGAUAUUUAGGAGAAAUUAUCACAUAGCAUCUCAAUAUGAAUAUUCCUUUAAGAUACAUCGCACGCAUAUAUUCAUAUUGCAGAAACAAUGUAAAUUGGGAGUUAAAACCGCAAAUGGCCACGUCGGUGGUGCGGUUCCUUCAAGACCUGAGACGCAUAAAGUCUUGUAAAGCUAAACGGUUCGUCACAGAGAGCGUUUGAGCAGCUCAACAGAGACGGAAGUGGGUGAUGUUUAGACAUUCGAGCCCUAAAGCUGCCACUGCAGUGGCCUAGUCCUCCUUUUGCCUCAUGUAAAAGGAUGUUGUCAUUAUUAACUACAUACCCGACAAGGUGCGGUGAAUACUGCACCUUUAAUAAUCGCCCUUUAAACAUUUAAAUCACAUUCAGACAUCCAGGAUAUUUUUGCAUAGCUUGAAGAAUCACUGCGUUAUUCGAUGACAUCAUUUACAUGUAGCUACUAGUUAUUAAAUUAGUAUUUGUACGGGGAUGCUCCUAUAGAGGGUGAUAGGCUUGAGUUCAGUAAUUCCCAAAAGGAACCUGUGAAAUGACAUAAUGCUUGGCAAUAGGCCUACUAUCAUCUCUGUAUUUGCAUUUUGUUUAGGUUUACCUUAUAUUAAAAUCGCCUAUAGGCCUACUAAUGCAGAUGAAAUAGCUUCAUCAUCACCACUGCUAUUUUAGGUUUCUGUUUUAACCUUAUGAUGCCUUGGUAGCCCAUUCUUAUUUACAGUAAACUGUAGCUUAAGCCAACAUAUCUGGAAAUUGAAUUGUAUUUGAUGAAUGUGCACCUGCAGGCCUGUCACCAGGGAACUCAGAAGUUAUUAAUUAUUCACCAUAUAGUACCUAAAGGUCAUUAGGCUUAUUUACUUUUAAUGUCUACAGGUGCAAUGUAAAUAGCCUUUCCAAGGUUUAUAAAAAUAUAAUGUCGGCAACCCAUAACCAAAUCUUGCGUAUUAUGUUACUGCUGUCCACGAGAGACCAAUCAAGCUCUGAUAUCCUCAUAAGUUAUAUUCAGUUUCACAAUGGGCAAUCUAAGAUGGACAUUUGCCUCAAUAUCAAUAGAAUGUAUUUGUUUUGGUUAACCAGUUCCUCAUUUCGGGCAAUAGUUGCCUACAUAUGAAUAGCUCAGGCAAGCUUACAGUAGGCCUACUUCAUAGUGGAAUAUUACAGAGGGCCAAUUGUACAAUUUCUUCUGACUUGCUUCUGUUAGUUUCCCUCCUGAGCUCAGCUUGUGUUUUCUACCAUUCUACAUCCUGUUUACUACAUAUCAUAAUCAUGUAAUAACCCUUUAUUACACAUUAUAUGGACAACAUUAUAGUAUUAUCACAACAGUGAGUGAUCAAUAUGCAAAGGAGGGCCUCAAUCUUAGAAUAAAUAGUAGGGAAACUAUCAGAGCUAUAUAUAUAUAUAUACACACACACACACUACCAGUCAAAAGUUUUGACACACCUACUCAUUCAAGGGUUUUUCUUUAUUUUUACUAUUUUCUACAUUGUAGAAUAAUACUGAAGACAUCAAAACUAUGAAAUAACACAUAUGGAAUCAUGUAGUAACCAAAAAAGUGUUAAACAAAUCAAAAUAUAUUUUCAAAUAGCCACCCUUUGCCUUGAUGACAGUUUUGCACACUCUUGGCAUUCUCUCAACCAGCUUCAUGAGGUAGUCACCUGGAAUGCAUUUCAAUUGACAGGUGUGCCUUCUUAAAAGUUAAUUUGUGGAAUUUAUUUCCGUCUUAAUGCGUUUGAGCCAAUCAGUUGUGUUGUGACAAGGUAGGGGGGGGUAUACAGAAGAUAUCCCUAUUUGGUAAAAGACCAAGUCCAUAUUAUGGCAAGAACAGCUCAAAUAAGCAAAGAGAAACGACAGUUACUUUAAGACAUGUUGGUCAGUCAAUCCGGAAAAUGUCCAGAACUUUGAAAGUUUCUUCAAGUGCAGUCACAAAAACCAUCAAGCGCUAUGAUGAAACUGGCUCUCAUGAGGACCGCCAUGAAGGGAAGACCCAGAGUUACCUCUGCUGCAGAGGAUAAGUUCAUUAGAGUUACCAGCCUCAGAAAUUGCAGCCCAAAUAAAUGCUGCACAGAGUUCAAGUAACAGACACAUCUCAACAUCAACUGUUCAGAGAAGACUAUGUGAAUCAGGCCUUCAUGGUCGAAUUGCUGCAAAGAAACCACUACUAAAAGACACCAAUAAGAAGAAGAGGCUUGCUUGGGCCAAGAAACACGAGCAAUGGACAUUAGACCGGUGGAGAUUUGUCCUUUGUUCUGGUCUCCAAAUUUGAGAUUUUUGGCUCCAACCGCCGUAGCUUUGUGAGACGCAGAGUGGGUGAAUGGAUGCUCUUUGCAUGUGUAUUUCCCACCGUAAAGCAUGGAGGAGGAGGUGUUAUGGUGUGGGUGUGCUUUGCUGGUGACACUGUCUGUGAUUUAUUUAGUAUUCAAGGCACACUUAACCAGCAUGGCUACCACAGCAUUCUGCAGUGAUAUGCCAUCCCAUCUGGUUUGGGCUUAGUGGGACUAUAAUUUGUUUUUCAACAGGACAAUGACCCAACACACCUCCAGGCUGUGUAAGGACUAUUUUACCAAGAAGGAGAGUGAUGGAGUGCUGCAUUAGAUGACCUGGCCUCCACAAUCCCCCGACCGCAAUCCAAUUGAGAUAGUUUGGGAUGAGUCGGACCGCAGAGUGAAGAAAAAGCAGCUAACAAGUGCUCAGCAUAUGUGGGAACUCCUUCAAGACUGUUGGAAAAGCAUUCCAGGUGAAGCCGGUUGAGAGAAUGCCAAGAGUGUGCAAAGCUGUCAUCAAGGCAAAUGGUGGCUAUUUGAAGAAUCUCAAAUAUAUUUGUUUAAAACUUUUUGGGUUACCACAUGAUUCCAUAUGUGUUAUUUCAUAGUUUUGAUGUCUUCACUAUUAUUCUACAAUGUAGAAAAUAGUAAAAAUAAAGAAAAACCCUUGAAUGAGUAGGUGUUCUAAAACUUUUGACCGGUAGUGAAUGUAUGUAUACUGAACAAAAAUAUAAACUCAACAUGCAACAAUUUCCAACUCAAUUACUGAGUUUACAUUUCAUAUAAGGAAAUCAGUAUAUUGAAAUAAAUAAAUUAGGCCCUAAUCUAUUGAUUUCACAUGACUGGGCAGGGGCGCAGCCAUGGGUGGGCCUGGGAGGGCAUAGGCCCAUCCACUGGGGAGCCAGGCCCAGCCGAUCAGAAUGAGUUUUUCCCCUCAAAAGGGCUUUAUUACAGACAGAAAUACUCCUCAGUUUCAUCAGCUGUACGUGUGGCUGGUCUCAGACGAUCCCACAGGUGAAGAAGCCAGAUGUGGAGGUCCUGGGCUGGCGUGGUUACAUGUGGACUGUGGUUGUGAGGCUAGUUGGACGUACUGCCAAAUUCUCUAAAAUGACAUUGGAGGUGGCUUAUGGUAGAGAAAUGAACAUUAAAUUCUCUGGCAGUUGCUCUGAUGGACAUUCCUGCAGUCAACAUGCCAAUUGCACGCUCCCUCAAAACUUGAGACAUCUGUGGCAUUGUGUUGUGUGACAAAACUGCAUAUUUUAGAGUGGCUUUUUAUUGUCCCCAGCACAAGGUGCACCUGUAUAAAGAUCAUGCUGUUUAAUCAGCUUCUUGAUAUGCCACACCUGUCAGGUGGAUGGAUUAUCUUGGCAAAGUUGAAAUGCUCAUUAACAGGGAUGUAAACAGAUUUGUGCACAACAUUUGAGAGAAAUACAAUUUUUGGGUGUAUGAAAAAUGUUGGGAAUCUUUUAUUUCAGCUCAUGAAACAUGGGACCACUUUACAUGUUGCGUUUAUAUUUUUGUUUAGGAUAUGUCUUAAUAUAUGGCCCUGCAAACCCUGGCUCUCCAGCCACACGAAUGAGGAGGGGGGAAUAAAAAGGCCAUGUCAACAGAGUUCCUGAGGGUUCAGCCUUGGCUGGCUUCACUGAUUACGUCCCAAAUGGCACUCUAUUCCCUAUAAUGCACUAUUUUUGACGAGGGCCUAUGGGGCUCUGGUCGAAAGUAGUGCACUAUAAAGGGAAUAAGGGACCAUUGGGGACACAAGCCACUGACUGCUCACACUCAACUGGUCAGCUAAUGCUGAUCCCUGGCUUGUCCGUCACCCCAUGGCCACAGUAGGCAGCCAUGUGAUUGGAUAGUGAUACUGUACUGUAUAGACCUGGGUUCAAAUAUUAUUCCAAAUAAUUUCAAAUACUUUUAUCUGGGCUUGAUUGAGCUUGCCUGACUUAAUGGAACCAAUAGAAAAGUUCCAUCAGUGCAAGCCCCAUCCACCUGGCACUCCAGGCAAGCUAGAGCAAACGCUAAAAGUAUUUGAAAGAUGUCAAAUAGUAACAUUAUAUAUAUAUAUAUAUAUUUCACCUUUAUUUAACCAGGUAAGCCAGUUGAGAACAAGUUGUCAUUUACAACUGCGACCUGGCCAAGAUAAAGCAAAGCGAUAAAAACAACAACACAGAGUUACAUAUGGGGUAAAAAAACAUAAAGUCAAAAAAUACAAGAGAAAUAUAUAUACAGUGUGUGCAAAUGUAGCAAGUUAUGGAGGUAAGGCAAUAAAUAGGCUAUAGUGCAAAAUAAUUACAAUUAGUAUUAACACUGGAAUGCUAGAUGUGCAAGAGAUUAUGUGCAAAUAGAGAUACUGGGGUGCUAAUUUGGGUGGGCUAAUUUCAGAUGGGCUGUGUACAGGUGCAGUGAUCGGUAAGGUGCUCUGACAACUGAUGCUUAAAGUUAGUGAGGGAGAUAAGAGUCUCCAGCUUCAGAAAUUUUUGCAAUUCGUUUCAGUCAUUGGCAGCAGAGAACUGGAAGGAAUGGCGGCCAAAGGAGGUGUUGGCUUUGGGGAUGACCAGUGAGAUAUACCUGCUGGAGCGCAGACUACGGGUGGGUGCUGCUAUGGUGACCAAUGAGCUAAGAUAAGGCAGGGAUUUGCCUAGCAGUGAUUUAUAGAUGCCCUGGAGCCAGUGGGUUUGACAACGAACAUGUAGUGAGGACCAGCCAACGAGCGUACAGGUCACAGUGGUGGGUAGUGUAUGGGGCUUUGGAGACAAAACGGAUGGCACUGUGAUAGACUACAUCCAAUUUGCUGAGUAGAGUGUUGGAGGCUAUUUUGUAAAUGACAUCGCCGAAGUCAAGGAUCGGUAGGAUAGUCAGUUUUAUGAACCCAGGUCUGAUGCCAUCCAAGCCUAUCAUGCCAUUCCCCGGGUUUUUGAACCAGUCAUUGAAUAGCUAUAAUGUGUUUUGUGUCCAUCAUCAUUAAGUGUCUCCUCUGUCUGCAUCCCUGGCUGGCCGUCGGUGUCAUUAGUUCACCGGAUGCAGUCUUAGCUGAGUGGCGAUCUCAUGGAGAAUUAUCAUUUGUAGUGUACAUACACGGUGUGUUUCCUAAAUGGCACCCUGCCCUGGUCAAAAGUAGUGCACUGUAAAGGGAAUAUGGUACCAUUUGGGACACAUUCAGAGAGACAGAGCAGGAGCACUCAAGUGUUCACUUGUGCCAGACAGUGAAAUUGCACACAUCUCUUUAGAGGAAGAAAAAAACACAAUGUUUUGUAGCGUUCAUCAAGUCCUUGAAGGGAGGGCAUUAAUGACUAAUUUAAAAGUCAAGCCCAUUUUGUCUGGAAUGACUGCUUAUUUUAACUACUACAGAGCAUACCAGAUACACAUAAUAUUGUAUUCUCUUCACAGGGCAGCAGCAGCUAAUGCUUCACUUUGUUUAAAAUUCAGCCAGCGACAGGUAAAUACCUUUUUCAUCUGACAAAAGCAUCUGUUUUCUUGAGCUUUAUGCAUAGACAAUGUGUGUUUAAAUGUAUGGUAUGUGUUGUACAUUAUUGAACAUUCCAUAUAUGAUGUAUACAUACUUAGAGGGAUCAAUGUAUAGAGUAAACAGAAUCAGUUUGAUUUACAUACUGCAUGUAACUUUAAAGAUGCGCUAUGCAGAAAUUCGAAUAGUUUGCUUAAUUUCUGUUAAUGUGACGAAACAAGCAAGUAUAGUGUAGAGAAUCAUUGUACCAUCUAAACCGCUGUGAAAUAUAUUUUCAACUGAAAAAAUUGUACUUUCAGCUGUUUGAAGCUGGUGUACAAAACCGAAAGUAAAAGACGCAAAAAUGAAACUUAAGAACACAUAGCAUAGAAAUAGCGCACAUAGAACAGAUCUACUGCUUCUUAGACUUGCUUUCAAUGAGAAUGACACAUCUAGAACACCCAUUUCUAUGUGAAUUUGGUCGCGUCUCCCAAAAAGUUACAUAUUGCAGCUUUAAUGUAAAAAAUGUAUAAGAUGUUUUAUUUUCACAUGACUAUAAUGGACCUUGAUAAUGUAUAAAAUGAUUACAAUGAUAUACAAUCAUUACUGGUAAUGCAUGUUUGCGGUUUUCUUUUCCUCAAAAUGUGGAAUAGGUCUGAUGUAUACAAUGUUAUACAAACUCUUGAUAAUGUAUGCAAUAAUUAUGUAAUUACUUAGUGAGUAGGUAGUAAUGCUUGCUUUAUUCUUUCCCCAGAAUGAUUGAGGAGGGCAGUGAAGGCCGAUAAUACAGCUUGAUCAUGUAAAUUGUAUACAAUGAUGAUGUCAUUACAUAAUGAGAAGGGAACGCGUGCUUAUUGCCUGUCCUGUUAUUCCCCUCAGAAUGAUAGAGGAGGGCAGUAAACGAGGCAAAGCCAUGGUGGAGAAGAGACAACUCUUCAUGGAGAUGAGUGAGUAGAGAGAGAAGUCUCCAGAGCCAAACCAUUACAUUCACACUCUGCUGUGUCUUAGCAAAGCCAUACAGCACACACACUCCCUUCCCCAUGCAGUGGGUUUUGUGUGUGGUUGAGUUAGAGUUGUUGAUUCAUCUUUUUUAUUUUUAUCAGGGGCACAAAACUUUGACGUCAUCAGGCUGUCAACCUAUAGGACGGCCUGCAAGCUAAGAUUUGUGCAGAAGAGAUGCAACCGUAAGUACUGCCUGCCUGGCUCGUUUUGUUUCCUCUACUGAAAAUGACACUGUGUUACAUGUGUUGGUUUCAAAUAUGGUACACUUGAAUGUAAUUAAUUGAUGUUGAAGAAAUCGAUUCUAUUCUAAACCUCUUUCCUCCUCUCCUCUCCUGCUAUCCCCCUAUCCCAGUUCACUUGGUGGAUGUGUGGAACAUGAUUGAGGCGUUCCGUGACAGCGGUCUGAACACGCUGGACCACAACGCAGAAAUCAACGUGUCUAGACUGGAGACUAUCCUGUCCUCUAUAUAUUACCAGCUCAAUAAGCGUCUGCCCACCACACACCAGAUCAACGUAGAGCAGUCCAUCGGCCUGCUGCUCAACUUCAUGGUGGCCACAUACGACAGGUGCAGUAGAUGAGACACAGGAUAUACAGUACAUUUGAUAUAGGAUAUUAGAUAUAUACAUUUGCUUUGAAGUGCUUUCUGAAAAGUGCUAUACAGUGACAUAGGCUGUACAUAUAGUGCAUGGAUAUGUCUAUGGUGCAACACCUUAUUUACAGAACAAUUUAGAAUUUAGUGUUAGCGCACAGUUGGACAACACACUCUACCAGGAGACACACUCCACACUGCAUCCCCCAGGUGGAAGCAGCAACCGGGUCAAGGGCUGUGCUCUGCCAGGAAGCCUUGAUAAGCACAUCAGGUGCUUCCAAUUAAGGUGAUCGUCAGUCAGGGUCCCAGCUUGCAAGCCGUGAGGCUGCUGGUUUGUUUGGUGGCCAUGAGGCCUUUCGUUUUGGUUUUAAAUCUUUACUUUGGGCAUGCCUGUUUGUAGUUUUCCUUUCUGUAUAUAUUUAUUUUCGUCAUCAUCUGAACAAAUAGCAAUCCGCUUGGGCUCGUCGACCCAAAGUAGUCAAGACAGAGCUGACCCUGGACCAAGGUAAGGUCGCUGUCUCCUGGGUACAUGCAUUCAACACAGUGUCGCGUAUGCUUACUGUUCACAUAAAUGCACACAAUCAUUCAGGUUACAGCGAGGACAGUGUUAAAAGUAGGCUGUCUAAUCGGUUCCGUAAACAAUAUGCAAUUAAAUUCUGCCUCUGGGGUAACAUCUAUAAAACUGUAGAACUUUAGUUGAAUGUGCCUUUGUGUGCACCCCCCAACCCCCCAAUAACUAGGUUAUAUAUAAGGGGUACCAGUACCGAAUCGAUGUGCAGGGGUACGUGGUAAUUGAGGUAGAUAUGUACAUAUAACUAGGAAUAAAGUGACGAAUAGUACAAAGUAGCAGUAGCGUAUGUGUUGAGUGUAAAUAGUUAGUGCAAAAAGGGUCAAUGCAGAUAGUCAGGGUAGCUAUUUGGUUAACUAUUUAACUAACUAUUUAGUAGUCUUAUUACUUGGGGGUAGAAGCUGUUCAGGGUCUUGUUGGUUCCAGACUUGGUGCAUCGGUACUGCUUGCCGUGCGGUAGCAGAGAGAACAGUCUAUGACUUGGAUGGCUGGAGUCUUUGACAAUUUUUAGGGCCUUCCUCUGACACCGCCUGGUAUAGACGUCCUGGAUGGCAGGGAGCUCAGCCCAGUGAUGUACUGGGCCGUAUGCACUACCCUCUGUAGCACCUAAUGGUUGGAUGCCAAGCAGUUGCCAUACCAAGUGGUGAUACAGCCACUCAUGAUGCUCUCAAUUGUGCAGUUGUAUAACUUUUUGAGGAUCAUGCUAAAUCUUUUCAGCCUCCUGAAGGAGAGGAGGCGUUGUCGUGCCCUCUUCACGACUAUGUUGGUGAUUGGACCAUGAUAGAUCCUUAGUGAUGUGGACAACAAGAAACUUGAAACUCUCGACCCGCUCCACUACUGCCCUGUCGAUGUGAAUGGGGGUGUACUCGGCCCUCAAUUUCCUGUAGUCCACGAUCAGCUCCUUUGUCUUGCUGACAUUGAGGGAGGGGUUGUUGUCCUUACACGACACUGCCAGGUCACUGACCUAUCCCUAUAGGCUGUCUCAUCAUCGUCGGUGAUCAGGCCUUCCACUGUUGUCGUCGGCAAACUUAAUGAUGGUGUUGGAGUCGUGCGCGGCCACGCAGUCAUGGGUGAACAGGGAGUACAGGAUGGGUCUAAGCACGCACCCCUGGGGGGCCCCCCAUGUUGAGUGUCAGUGUGGUGAUGUGUUGUUGCCUACCCUCACCACCUGGGGGCAUCCCGUCAGGAAGUCCAGGAUCCAGUUGCAGAGGGAGGUGUUCAGUCCAAGGGUCCUUAGCUUAGUGACUGGAGGGAAAUAUGGUGUUGAACGCUGAGCUGUGGUCAAUGAACAGCAUUCUCACUUAGGUGUUCCUUCUGUCCAAGUAGGAAAGGGCAGUGUGGAAUGCAAUAGAGAUUGCGUCAUCUGUGGAUCUGUUGGGGCGGUAUGCGAAUUAGAGUGGGUCCAGGGUGUCUGGGAUGAUGGUGUUGAGCCAUGACCAGCCUCUCAAAGCAAUUCAUGGCUACAGAUGUGAGUGCUAUGGGGCGAUAGUCAUUAAGACAGCUUAUGUUGGCACUCUUGGGCACAGGGACUAUGGUGGUCUGCUUGAAACAUGUAGGUAUUACAGACUGGGUCAGGGAGAGGUUGAAAAUGUCAAUGAAGACACUUGCCUGGCUGGUCAGCGCAUGCUCCACCAUAAUCCGUCUGGCACUGUGGCCUUGUGAAUGUUAACCUGUUUAAGGCUCUAGCCUUUAGCUCAGUGGGGAUGUUUCCUGUAAUCCAUGGAUCUGGUUGGGAUAUGUACAUACGGUCACUGUGGGGACGAAGUCAUCAAUGCACUUAUUAAUGAAGCCGGUGACUGAUGUGGUAAACUCCUCAAUGCCAUCGGAUGAGUCUCUGAACAUAUUCAAGUCUGUGCUAGUGAAACAGUCCUGUAGCUUAGCUUCAGCUUCACCAGACCACCGUAUUGAACAGGUACUUCCUGUUUGAGUUGUCCUUAUAAGCCGGAAUCAGGAGGAUAGAGUUAUGUUCAAAUUUGCCAAGUGGAGGGCGAAGGAGAGCUUUGUAUGCGUCUGUGUGUGGAGUAAAGGUGAUCUAGAAUUGUUUCGCCUCUAGAGAUCGCGCACCAGCUGUUGUUAACAAAGGGACACACACCACCACCCUCGAGCUUACACAACGCUACUAUUCUGUCCUGCUGAUGCAUUGAAAAACCAACUAGAAUAUUAUCCAUGUCCUUGUUCAACCAAGUUUCUGAUGAACAUAGGAUAUUACAGUUCUUCAGGUCCCGUUGAUAGGAUAGUCUCGAACGGAGCUUGUCCAGUUUGUUCCCCAGUGAUUGUACAGUGGAAGUCGCUUAGGUUGGAGUCAUUAAAACUUGUUUUUCAACCACGCCACACAUUUCUCGUUAACAAACUAUAGUUUUGGCAAGCCGGUUAGGACAUCUACUUUGUGCAUGACACAAGUAAUUUUUCCAACAAUUGUUUACAGACAGAUUAUUUCACUUAUAAUUAACUGUAUCACAAUUCCAGUGGGUCAGAAGUUUACUUACACUAAGUUGACUGUGCCUUUAAACAGCUUGGAAAUCUUCAAAAAAUGAUGUCAUGGCUUUAGAAGCUUCUGAUAGGCUAAUUGACAUCAUUUGAGUCAAUUGGAGGUGUACCUGUGGAUGUAUUUCAAGGCCUACCUUCAAACGUAGUGCCUCUUUGCUUGACAUCAUGGGAUAAUCAAAGGAAAUCAGCCAAGACCUCAGAAAAAUAAUUGUAGACCUCCACAAGUGUGGUUCAUCUUUUUGAGCAAUUUCUAAAUGCCUGAAGGUACCACGUUCAUCUGUACAAACAAUAGUAUGCAAGUAGAAACACCAUGGGACCACGCAGCCGUCGUACCGCUCAGGAAGGCGAUGCAUUCUGUCUCCUAGAGAUGAACGUACUUUGGUGCGAAAAGUGCAAAUCAAUCCCAGAACAACAGCAAAGGACCUUGUGAAGAUGCUGGAGGAAACAGGUACAAAAGUAUCUAUAUCCACAAUAAAACGAGUCCUAUAUCGACAUAACCUGAAAGGCCGCUCAGCAAGGAAGAAGCCACCGAUCCAAAACUGCCAUAAAAAAGCCAGACUACGGUUUGCAACUGCACAUGGGGACAAAGAUCAUACUUUUUGGAGAAAUGUCCUCUGGUCUGAAGAAACAAAAAUAGAACUGUUUGGCCAUAAUGACCAUCGUUAUGUUUGGAGGAAAAAGGAGGUUGCUUGCAAGCCGAAGAACACCAUCCCAACCGUGAAGAAUGGGGGUGGCAGCAUCAUGCUGUGGGGGUGCUUUGCUGCAGGAGGGACUAGUGCACGUCACAAAAUAGAUGGCAUCAUGAGGAAGGAAAAUUAUGUGGAUAUAUUGAAGCAACAUCUCAAGACAUCAGUCAGGAAGUUAAAGCUUGGUCGCAAAUGGGUCUUCCAAAUGGACAAUGACUCCAAGCAUACUUCCAAAGUUGUGUCAAAAUGGCUUAAGGACAACAAAGUCAAGGUAUUGGAGUGGCCAUCACAAAGCCCUGACCUCAAUCCUAUAGAAAAUUUGUUGGCAGAACUGAAAAAGCGUGUGCGAGCAAGGAGGCCUACAAACAUGACUGAAGUUACACCAACUCUGUCAGGAGGAAUGGGCCAAAAUUCACCCAACUUAUUGUGGGAAGCUUGUGGAAGGCUCCCCGAAACGUUUGACCCAAGUUAAAUCCAAAUACUAAUUGAGUGUAUGUAAACUUCUGACCCACUGGGAAUGUGAUGAAAGAAAUAAAAGCUGAAAUAAAUCAUUUUCUCUACUAUUAUUCUGACAUUUCACAUUGUUAAAAUAAAGUGGUGAUCCUAACUGACCUAAAACAGGGAAUAUUUACUACGAUUAAAUGUCAGGAAUUGUGAAAAACCGAGUUGAAAUGUAGUUGGCUAAGGUGUAUGUAAACUUCCGACUUCAACUGUACAUUUGCCAAUAGAACAGAUGGUAGAGGGGGUUUAUUUACUCUCCGUAGUUUCAUCAGUGUGCCCACACAUCGGCCUCUAUAUCACCAUCUCUUUCUCUUCCGAGUGUCGGGGAUUAGGGCUUGUUCUGCGGUGAGCAGUAUGUCCUGCGCCACUGACUCAGUGAAGUAGAAAUCUUCAGACAAAUCAAGGUUAAUGAUCGCUGUUCUGAUGUCCAGAAGCUCUUUUUUAUCAUAGGAAACGAUGGCGGAAACAUUAUGAACCCGUAAAAUGACCGCUAUACAUUCCAGGGCUAAUCAGUAUGCUGAACUGUACUCAAAGCUCUCCCCUUGAAAUUAUGAUUUUGGACCUUCAGACAACAUGGUAAAGGUCAAGAUGGAUUCAGAAGUGCCAAUUAUUUGUGCUACAUUGUGACCAGCAUGCUAAAGCAGAUAAUGUAAAAAAAUGAAUUUGCUUUGGGAAAUAUGCUUCACCUUUAUCAGAAUGAUAACAAUGUGUGUUUCAAUACGUUUGUUACAUAUUUUCCUAAAUUAUGUUUUUUGUUUUGUUUUUUUGUUUAGUGAAGGCCACGGGAAACUGACCGUUUUCUCGAUGAAGUCUAUGUUGGCAACCAUGUGUGGAGGGAAAAUAGUGGACAAACUACGUUGUAAGUAAAUCUCCUUGAAUUUAGCCGAAGGGCAAAUAAGUUACAGUUAAAGUAACUUAAUAGAAAGUUAAUUCUGUUUUGCAGUAGUCACACUUUCAUUGCUUAGUUUGCUAAUUCGUUUGCAUCAGACACAAGGAAGUCCUUUACGAGACCCUUGAAUACAUGUAGUCUACAGCAGGGUUUCCCAAAGUCGGUCCUGGAGCCUCCAAUCAAAUCUUGAUGAUGAGUUGGUUAUUUGAAUCAGCUGUGUAGUGCUAGGGCAAAAACCAAAACGUUCACCCAGGGGGCCCCAGGACCAAUUUUGAGAAACCCUGGUCCACAGUAUCUGCUUUUUGAUCCUGUCUGCAGUUGCAUAAAUGAUACACACAUGAGCGCUGUUGAGUCAAUUACAGCACAAACAUCAUCGUUGUAAUUGGAGUAAUUUUAUUAGAUGGAAGUGUCAAGAAGAAGUAUCACCCAUACCUCAUAUUCAAUAAAUUAUAGAAAUGGCAUAUACAGUGCCUAGUGAAAGUCUACACACCGCUUUCACAGUCUUCACAUUUUGCUGCCUUAAAAUUAAAUAAAAAAUUAUUACAUUCGAUGUCUUGAUUGCAUAUGUCUUCAGACCCCAGAGUUAAUAAUAAUAUAAUAAUAAUAUGCCAUUUAGCAGACGCUUUUAUCCAAAGCGACUUAGUCAUGUGUGCAUACAUUUUUACGUAUGGGUGGUCCCGGGGAUCGAACCCACUACCCUGGCGUUACAAGCGCCAUGCUCUACCAAUUGAGCUACAGAGGACCACGUACAUACUUUGUGGAAGCACCUAUGACAGCCAAUACAGCUGUGAAAUAUUUUGAAUAGGAUUCUACCAAUUUUGCACAACUCUUAGGGCAACAAAUGUAUGUUAUGAUGAACUUCACAGGGUGGUGAAAGUGCAAGCUUGAUGCUCCUUUCCAAUAAAUAUUGAGGGUCUUCUUCUGGUGACAUGAUCAUCAAUGCUUGGCUGCCAUUUGACAAAUAAAAAUAAUCUUGCUCUUUUUUUCCAUAAUAAUCUCAUCAUGUAGGCUAUACCCGCCCUGUAUUGUGAGAUGUCGGCUAGAGCGCACGUGCCAAUACCAGAGUUGGCAUAUACUCAUUAUAAAACAACAACAAAAAAAGUGAGUGUGGAUUUUAGCCUAUUUGCAUGAAAAUCUGUCGCCAGUUGAAUGGUAACAUUGCUAGUGUCUCGCUGAAAAAUAAAACUCUAUCCCAGGGUUAGGUUUUCAAAAGAGUGAUGCGGGUUUUUCUUUUAACUUUUUACAUUGGGCUUGCUCUUUUCAUAUUUAUUUUUAUCCUGACAAACUCCCCAGUCCCUGCCUGUGACAAGCAUACCCAUAACAUGAUGUUGCCGCCACAAUACUUGAAGAUACAGAGGGUUUCACUCUGUUGUUUUGUUUUAUUUGACCCAAACCUGUAGUUUAAUUCAGGCCCAAAAGUGAAUGUCUUUGCCUUGUUGUCUUGCAGUAUUACUUAACGGCCUUGUUGCAAACAGAAUGGAUGAUUUAGAUUUGAUUUUUUAACACAGACUUCCUUUUGUUCACUUUGUCAAACAGGCCAGUAAUGUAGAGUGAAUGCAAUGUUGUGAUCCCUUUGUAUUUUCAAGUAUUGUGAUGGCAGUGUCAUGUUAUGGGUAUGAUUCUCGCCCGCAGGGACUGGGGAGUUUGUUAGGAUCAAAAUAUAUAUGAAGGGAGCAAAGACCAGGUAACAAAUUAGAGGAAACCAGCCUCAGUCUUCUGAAAACCCUGGGAUAGAGUUGUAUUUUUCUGGGGGAUAUUUACACACAUUUUAAUGCCAAAGACACACCAGAUUACCUUUCAAAGGUAUCGAGUGUACUGAAUGUCCAUUCUCCGUCCUGACUUAAAUAUGCUUAAAACAUCAGAGACAAGGUUUGAAUAUUGCUGACCAUCAUUGAUUCCCAACCAGAUUGACUGAGCUUGAGCAAUUUUGACAAAAAUAAUGGAUAUAUUUUGCCAGGGGCGCAACCUUCACUGGUGACGGGGGGAAACGUCCCCCCCCCAUUCUGAAAUUGCAUUUUUGUCCCCCCAGUUUUAUAUAAUAAUAAUAUAAUAUGCCAUUUAGCAGACACUUUAUCCAAAGCGACUUAGUCAUGUGUGCAUACAUUUUUACGUAUGGGUGGUCCUGGGGAUUUAACCCACUACCCUGGCGUACAAGCGCCAUGCUAUACCAAUUGAGCUACAGAGGACCACAUGUAUCACAUGUAUCAUUGGAAUAUGAUACAAAAGAGGCAACGGUGUGCUUUAGGACCAUGCGGACGCUCCGAGCGGUCGGGUAGCUGUUUGGAGUGUUAUCUGAUGGAUAAAAAAAUAUAUAUAAUUUAUGACGCCCCCACGUCUAAAACCAAAGUUGCGCCCCGUAUGUUGCCCUAAGAGCGGAUUGUUGGUUAGAAUCUUAUUCAAAUUGAUUCACAGCUGUAAUUGCUGCCAAAGGUGCUUCCACAAGUAUUGACUUUGGGGUGUGAAGACAUACGCAAUCAACAUCUCAUUUUAUAUUUCUUAGUAAUUGGAACAUUUUGUAAAAUCUAAUGUAAUCCCUUUUUAGAUUUAAUUUUAAGGCAGCAGGAAUGUGAAGACUGCAAGUGGUUGUGUAGACUUUCACUAGCGGUCCGUGUCUCGUCAGCUUGGAUAGCUACGAAGUUCGCCGACUUCACCUCCUCCACAAUAUGUUCCCUCAUGACCGCUAGCAUACACUCCAGUAGCUCGUUUGAAUGGUCUUUGAUGUGCCCUUGAAAACUUUAGCAUUUUUAAGAUGGUCAUCAAACACCUCAUCUAAUUGUGCCACAAAGUUGACAAGUCCAAGAAAAAUACCAGGGUUGGUGGAGCCCUCAGUUCAUCUUUGCCUCGCAAAGCUAACUCAAACACUCCGCAAAACUUCACACACUGGAUUAGCCGGCUGAGGAUGUGGCGGUUCUUGCUAACCUCAUCGUUGUGGCGGCGGACAGCUAGCCUGUAUCCAUCAUCCAGUUGAGUGGCAAUGUUCACUCUCCCCAAAGCAGACAAUCUCAAACAGCUAUCCAUGUGGGUCUUUGACAGCUCAUGUUUCUUAAUCUUUUCUGAAAGAUGGUGCAUGUCCGUUACACCAGUCGCUGUCCAAGCGGUGCUGUCUGCCGUGCCGCCUUCAGGGUGAAAGAGUAAGCAGGGGUAGCAGAAGACUGCAUUAGCUACAUCGCAGCCUGCUAGCCAGGUUUAUCGUUCGUACCAAUUUUUGGAAAAUCCUCAGGUGUAGGACUUUCCCCCUUUAGUAGAAAACCUGUUGAAUUAUUAAAUUUGGUCUGGGAGGUCCUAAUUGUUUCGUUGCCAAUUUAUCUUGAUUUGUUCGCCGACAAAAAGGAACUUCUUUCAGAGAGACAAUCGAGUUGCACUGAACGCUAGCCAUCUUGACAGUAGUACGUGAAUUGAUUGACGCUGCUACCCGCUCUUUUCUUAGUUAUGUUCAUGGUUAUGUUACUUAUGACGAAAGCGCGUAAGUGCAAGCCCUCCCGGAACCCAUAGAGAUUGUAUUGAAAGCUCUGAUAUUUGAAAAAAAAAAGAUUUUACAUGAGAGUCUAUGAGAGACUUCUGGGGCGAUUUUCAACCUGACUGAAAUCGCCCCAAAACGGGCAGGGCCAUUUGAAGCAUGACUUUAGCCUGAUUGGACAUUUAGUGGCAGAUCAGAUGUCUAGAUUAGAACACUGAUAACUACUGUUGCCGUGAUAUAAUUGAUUAGAAAAAAAAUCCCUUCCUUUUCCCGUUUGGCAGUGCGUCGCCCAAAUCGCCCUAAUGAACACACCGCCCCUGGUUGGCACAUACUCAUUAUAUAACAACAACAACAAAAAUUAGAAAACCAUCAGAGUUGAAAAUGCGAUGGAAACCCAUUUAACUUGUAUUUUUAAUUUUUAUGUGCACUACGUAAUCACCUACAGCCUUUUAUCCACAACAGGUCAAUUUGAUGGAAACACAUCUCUGGUGGGAAAAUGCGCAUAUUGUUUAUAUGUGGAUUUUAGCCUAUUCACAUGAAAAUCUGUCGCCAGUUGAAUGGUAACAUUGCUAGUGUUUCGCUGAAAAAUAAAACUCUAUCCCAGGGUUAGGUUUUCAAAAGAGUGAUGCGGGUUUUCUUUUAACUUUUUACAUUGGGCUUGCUCUUUUCAUAUUUAUUUUUAUCCUGACAAACUCCCCAGUCCCUGCCUGUGACAAGCAUACCCAUAACAUGAUGUUGCCGCCACAAUACUUGAAGAUACAGAGGGUUUCACUCUGUUGUUUUGUUUUAUUUGACCCAAACCUGUAGUUUAAUUCAGGCCCAAAAGUGAAUGUCUUUGCCUUGUUGUCUUGCAGUAUUACUUAAUGGCCUUGUUGCAAACAGAAUGGAUGAUUUAGAUUUGAUUUUUUAACACAGACUUCCUUUUGUUCACUUUGUCAAACAGGCCAGUAAUGUAGAGUGAAUGCAAUGUUGUGAUCCCUUUGUAUUUUCAAGUAUUGUGAUGGCAGCGUCAUGUUAUGGGUAUGAUUCUCGCCCGCAGGGACUGGGGAGUUUGUUAGGAUCAAAAUAUAUAUGAAGGGAGCAAAGACCAGGUAACAAAUUAGAGGAAACCAGCCUCAGUCUUCUGAAAACCCUGGGAUAGAGUUGUAUUUUUCUGCGGGAUAUUUACACACAUUUUAAUGCCAAAGACACACCAGAUUAGCUUUCCAAGAGGUAUCGAGUGUACCUGAAUGGUCCAUUCUCCGUCCUGACUUAAAUAUGCUUAAAACAUCAGAGACAAGGUUUGAAUAUUGCUGACCAUCAUUGAUUCCCAACCAGAUUGACUGAGCUUGAGCAAUUUUGACAAAAAUAAUGGAUAUAUUUUGCCAGGGGCGCAACCUUCACUGGUGACGGGGGGAACACGUCCCCCCCACAUUCUGAAAUUGCAUUUUUGUCCCCCCCAGUUUUAUAUAAUAAUAAUAUAAUAUGCCAUUUAGCAGACACUUUUAUCCAAAGCGACUUACAGUCAUGUGUGCAUACAUUUUUACGUAUGGGUGGUCCUGGGGAUUGAACCCACUACCCUGGCGUUACAAGCGCCAUGCUCUACCAAUUGAGCUACAGAGGACCACAUGUAUCACAUGUAUCAUUGGAAUAUGAUACAAAAAGAGGCAACGGUGUGCUUUAGGACCAUGCGGACGCCUCCGAGCGGUCGGGUAGGCUGUUUGGAGUGUUUAUCUGACUGGAUAAAAAAAUAUAUAUAUAUUAUGACGCCCCCACUUCUAAAUCCAAAGUUGCGCCCCUGUAUGUUGCCCUAAGAGCGCAUUGUUGGUAGAAUCUUAUUCAAAUUGAUUCACAGCUGUAAUUGCUGCCAAAGGUGCUUCCACCAAGUAUUGACUUUGGGGUGUGAAGACAUACGCAAUCAACAUCCUCAUUUUAUAUUUCUUAGUAAUUUGGAACAUUUUGUAAAAUCUAAUGUAAUCCCUUUUUAGAUUUAAUUUGAAGGCAGCAGAAUGUGAAGACUGUGCAAGUGGUGUGUAGACUUUCACUAGCGGCAGUAAAUGGCACUGAUGUACUCACCACCACACUUGGUCUCUCUCUUAGAUAUCUUCUCCCAGAUAUCUGACUCUAAUGGUGUGAUGGCCUUUGCUAAGUUUGACCAGUUUCUGAGGGAGGUUCUGAAGCUGCCCACAGCUGUGUUCGAGGGCCCGUCGUUUGGAUACACAGAACACUCCGUACGGACAUGCUUCCCUCAACAGGUAGGUUGGCCUGGCCAGGAGUGGGUUUCUAUCACUGAAAUUAUAUACAACGUGCACUGCUCACACAUAAUAAACGAGAGAGAGCGUUGGAGUGAGAGAGAGCGUUGGAGUGAGAGAGAGCGUUGGAGUGAGAGAGAGCGUUGGAGUGAGAGAGAGCGUUGGAGUGAGAGGGAGCGUUGGAGUGAGAGGAGGUUGGAGUGAGAGAGGGCGUUGGAGUGAGAGAGGGCGUUGGAGUGAGAGAGGGCGUUGGAGUGAGAGAGGGCGGUUGGAGUGAGAGAGCGUUGGAGUGAGGAGAGGGCGUUGGAGUAGAGAGGGCGUUGGAGUGAGAGAGGGCGUUGGAGUGAGAGAGGGCGUUGGAGUGAGAGAGGGCGUUGGAGUGAGAGAGGGCGUUGGCGUGAGAGAGGGCGUUGGAGUGAGAGAGGGCGUUGGAGUGAGAGAGGGCGUUGGAGUGAGAGAGGGCGUUGGAGUGAGAGAGGGCGUUGGAGUGAGAGAGGGCGUUGGAGAGAGUGUUGAGAGAGAGAGUUGGAGAGAUUUGGAGAGAGAGAGUUGGAGAGAUUUGGAGAGAGUGUUGGGAGAGAGAGAGAGACAGUUGGAGAGAGAGAUUUGGAGAGAGUGUUGGAGAGAGAGAGUUGGAGAGAUUUGGAGAGAGAGAGUUGGAGAGAAAGAGUUGGAGAGAGUGUUGGGGGAGAGAGAGAGAGUUGGAGAGAGAGUUGAAGAGAGAGAGAUUAACAGAGGAUGUACCUACCAGGUGGUCCAGGUUAGCACAAGUGUGAUUGACAGCCUGGUUGGGUGCUAGAACCUUGUAAAUAUAGUCCACAAAAAUAGAAAAAUGUAUGGACAGCAUUAUAAAAGGUUAUCCUCAAUAAGCAGGGCAAGUUAAUCUAUUAUUGAAGAUGACCUUUUGCAGUGCUGUCCAUUUCAUUCACUAUGUGAUGCGUCCUAAAUGGCACCCUAUUCCCUAUACAGUGCACUACUUUUGACCAGAGCCCAAUGGGCCCUGGUCAAAAGCAGUGUACUACAUAGGGAAUAGGGUCCCAUUUGGGACGUACGCAUGGAGUCAAUGCCAGCAGCAUUACUACUUGCAUUCUGUCUGACAACGUCUUGCUGCUCUGCUGUCUGUCAAUUAACCUUAUCCACAUCUGUUUGUAUCUGUUUGUUGAAUUAUUUUAAUUGUCCCGCUCUGUGCCUCUGUCAAUGAAUGCAUUGUGGUGUGGUAUCUCUGUAUAACUGAAUGCAUCUUGGUGUGUUUGUAUCUAGAAGAAGAUCUUGCUGAACACGUUUUUGGACAUUUUGAUGGCAGAUCCUCCCCCUCAGUGCCUCGUGUGGCUACCUCUCAUGCACCGACUCGCUAAUGUUGAAAAUGGUAACGUUUCCCUGUUAUUAGUUUUCUUCUAGGCUCUAUUUUCACAGUGAAUUUGCCUCCAAACUCCAGUAAUUGUCAUUCUAAUCUAUCUAAGCAUUUCUAUUGACAAAUGUGGUAACACUUUUACCUGUAGGUAUAAUGCUAUUAUAAGCAUAUAUGUGCUUUUAUAAUGCCUUAUAAUAAAUCUUAUAAUAUGUUAUGUCUCACUGUAUCAACAUUUCAACUGACAACAUCAGUGACCUAUGAACCAUUUCUCUGUUGUUUCCUUCUAGUCUUCCAUCCCGUGGAAUGUUCCUAUUGCCGGAGUGAAAGUAUGAUGGGAUUCCGUUACCGGUGCCAACAGUGCCAUGGCUACCAACUCUGUCAGAGCUGCUUCUGGCGUGGCCAUGCCAAUGGUCCCCAUAGCAACCAGCAUCAAAUGAAGGAGCACUCCUCUUGGGUAGGCACAGCAACCACAAAGGCUCUAUCUCAAUUGGUUUUUAAAAUCCCUCUCCUCGUCUCCUCCCCUUCAUCUGCACUGAUUGGAAAAAGACUUGACAGUAGGGCUGUGACGAUCCAAGUAUAACAGUAUUUUUUCCAUGGCAAGAAUGAAAACACGAAGCAGGCCAAACUAUUUGGUCCUUUAAAAACCUGCUGUAUGUAAAAUAUUGUGUACUAUAGCUUAGAAAAUAAAUAAAUAUGACUCUGGAUGACAACAUAAUGAUGAAGAAGUUAAAUCCGCUUUGUGUUUUGUUUCUUUGCCACGAUACAAAUGGCUAUCGCGAUACUGGUAUAGUCCCGGCCCUACUUGACAGGUGAAAAUAGUAAGGUGGAAGCACAUCAUUAGGCUGGCUUUUCACCUGGUCAGUUCUUUCAGAUCACUACAAGAAAGGAGGGGAGGCGAGGAGAAGAGGAGAUUACAGAUUUUUAAGACAAUUGAGAAAGAGCCCAUGUCUCACAAUCACACUCAUACACACCAAAGAUAAGUUAUAAUCGUUUCAUCUUAACGAAUACCAAGAUUCAUCAUUCUUUUGUGCUCGGACAAUCCAAUAGCUACCUGCAUGCAUUAUGUUUCAAGUUACAAAGUUUAUUCACCAUGUGCACAGGAUACAGGAUACAACAGGUGUAAACAGUACACAUGUUACAUAGCAGAGCAUUGGGCUUGUUUCCACAUGAACAAACCUUUUUUUUAAUAUUCUGAAAGGGAGUUUAUGGGUUUUUACUAAUUUCAGCUAAUUAAAUUGAAUUUCCAAUGCUAUGCCAAUUCCACCAUUUUCCCAAUUCUCAAUCAGUGUGAUGUAAAUUCAAGCUGGGGAAAUGAUUUGCGCUGGUUCCAAAUCCAAUACUGAACUCUCUGUGUGCCCGCGAUAAGGAUGGUGAUGAUUAUUUAUUUUUUAGGGCAUCGUGACUGGAAUGAAAUGUCUGAGCAUAUUUGGAAAUAGAAAAAGGGCUUGGUAAUUGUCAGACAAAAAAUCUAUGACAAAGCAAAGUGAACUAUGUAUUUGGUCCCAUUUUGCAUGAACCAAUCUUGUCAUUCUUCAAAUCAAAUGUUAUUGGUCACAUACACAUAUUUAGCAGAUGUUAUUGCGGGUGUAGCGAAAUGCUUGUGUUCCUAGCUCUAACAGUGCAGUGGUAUCUAACAAUUCACAACAAUACACACAUCUCAAAGUAAAAUAAUGGAAUUAAGAAAUAUAUAAAUAUUAGGACCAGCAAUGUCGGAGUGGCAUUGACUAGAAUACAGUAUAUACAUAUGAAAUUAGUAAAACAGUAUGUAAACAUUAUUAAAGUUACCAGUGUUCCAUGUUUAUGUACAUAGUGCAGCAACCUCUAAGUUGCAGGGUUGAGUAACCGGGUGGUAGCCGGCUAGUGACAGUGACUAAGUUAAGGGUAGUGUACUGGGUGGAGGCCGGCUAGUGAUGGCUAUUUAACAGUCCGAUGGCCUUGAGAUAGAAGCUAUUUUUCAGUCUCUCGGUCCCAGCUUUGAUACAUCUGUACUGACCUUGCCUUCUGGAUGAUAGCGGGGUGAACAGGCCGUGGCUCAGGUGGUUGAUGUCCUUGAUUAUCAUUUUGGCUUUCCUGUGACAUUGGGUGCUGUAGGUGCCCUUGAGGGCAGGCAGUGUGUUCCCGGUGAUGCGUUGGGCAGACCGCACCACCCUCUGGAGAGCCCUGUGGUUGCGGAUGGUGCAGUUGUCAUACCAGGUGGUGAUGCAGCCCGACAAGAUGCUCUCAAUGGUGCAUCUGUAAAAGUUUGUUGGUCUUAGGGGCCAAGCCAAAUUUCUUCAGCCUCCUGAGGUUGAAGAGGCGCUGUUGCGCCUUCUUCACCACACUGUCUGUGUGGGUGGACCAUGAAGUAAGAUGGCUCCGACAGACAUGGAAGCUCUGCUUCUAGCUCUUAAGUAACUUUGCAGUAUCCUUUUUUAUUUUUGUUAUUUUUUACAUUAUUAGCCCAGAACGUUUGUGUUAUUACAUACAGCCGGAAAUAACUUUUGGAUAUCAGAACGGCGGUAACUCACCAGCAUUCUGACCAGAAAUACAACUUUCCCGAAUUGGAUCCUUUCUUCUUACCCCCCAAGGUAAUUGAUCUUAUCCCAGAGGCUGCUCCAAGAUGCCACCGGCAGAGAAGAGAUAUUAGGAGCAGACUUCUAGUCCGACUCAGGAGGCAUGCACAUCAUCCACUGCUUCCGAGUAUAUUACUCCCUAAUGUUCAGUCCCUGGACAAUAAAGUAGACGAGCUCAGGGCGAGGAUCUCCUUCCAGAGAGACUUCAGGGACUGUAACAUACUCUGUUUUACGGAAUCAUGGCUCUCUACGGCUAUACUGUCCCCGUCCAUAUAGCCAGCUGGAUUCUCAGUACAUCGCACAGACAGGAAUAUAGAACUCUCUGGGAAGAAGAAAGGCGGAGGUGUAUGUUUCAUGAUUAACUACUCAUGGUGUGAUUGUGAUAACGUACAGGAACUCAAGUACUUCUGUUCACCUGACCUAGAAUACCUCACAAUCAAAUGCCGACCGUAUUACCUCCCAAGAUAAUUCUCUUCGGUUAUAGUCACAGCUGUGUACACUGUGUGCACAAUUAUUAGGCAAGUCAGUAUUUUGACCAUAUCAUCAUUAUUAUGCAUAUUUCCCAACUCCAAGCUGUAUGAACUGGAAUACUCAUUUAAGCAUAUCAGGUGAUGUGUAUUUGUGUAAUGAGGGAUGGUGUGGCCUAAGGAGAUCAACACCCUAUAUCAAGGUGUGUAUAAUUAUUAGGCAGCUUCUUUUCCUCAGGCAAAAUGGGCCAAAAAAUAGAUUUAACUGACUCUGAAAAGUCAAAAAUUGUAAAAAGUAUUUGAGAGGAAUGCAGCGCUCUUGAAAUUGCUAAGAUAUUGGGGCGUGAUCACAGAACCAUCAAACGUUUUGUUGCAAAUAGUCAACAGGGUCGCAAGAACCGUGUUGAGAAAAAAAGAUGCAAAUUAACUGCCAAAGAUUUGAGAAGAAUCAAAUAUGAAGCUACAGUGAGGGGAAAAAAGUAUUUGAUCUCCUGCUGAUUUUGUACGUUUGUCCUGGAGUGGCCUAGCCAGUCUCCAGACCUUAAUCCCAUAGAAAAUCUGUGGAGGGAGCUGAAAGUUCGAGUUGCCAAACGUCAGCCUCGAAAUCUUAAUGACUUGGAGAAGAUCUGUAAAGAGGAGUGGGACAAAAUCCCUCCUGAGAUGUGUGCAAACCUGGUGGCCAACUACAAGAAACGUCUGACCUCUGUGAUUGCCAACAAGGGUUUUGCCACCAAGUACUAAGUCAUGUUUUGCAGAGGGGUCAAAUACUUAUUUCCCUCAUUAAAAUGGAAAUCAAUUUAAAAUAUUUUUGACAUGCGUUUUUCUGGAUUUUGUUGUUGUUAUUCUGUCUCUCACUGUUCAAAUAAACCUACCAUUAAAAUUAUAGACUGAUCAUGUCUUUGUCAGUGGGCAAACGUACAAAAUCAGCAGGGGAUCAAAUACUUUUUUCCCUCACUGUAGCAGGAACCCAUUAACCUCCAGUGCUGUCAUAUUCCAGAACUGCAACCUACCUGGAGUGCCCAGAAGUACAAGGUGUUCAGUGCUCAGAGACAUGGCCAAGGUAAGGAAGGCUGAAACCCGACUGAACAAGACACAUAAGUUGAAAUGUCAAGACUGGGCCAAAAAUAUCUAUGGAGUGAUGAGAUGAAGAGUGACUCUUGACGGACCAGAUGGAUGGGCCCGUGGCUGGAUCAGUAACGGGCACGGAGCUCCACUUCGACUCAGACGCCAGCAAGGUGGAGGUGGGGUACUGGAAUGGGCUGGUAUUAUUAAAGAUGAGCUAGUUUGACCUUUUCAGGUUGAAGAUAUAUUAUUAUUAUGGAUUCAAACUCAACUCCCAAACCUACUGCCAGUUUUUAGAAGACACUUUCUUCAAGCAGUGGUACAGGAAAAAGUCUGCAUCUUUCAAGAAGACCAUGAUUUUUAUGCAGGACAAUGCUCCAUCGCAUGCAUCGAAGUACUCCACUGCGUGGCUAGCCAGUAAAGGCCUUAAAGAUGAAAGAAUAAUGACAUGGCCCCCUUCCUUACCUGACCUAAACCCUAUUGAGAACUUGUGGUCCCUUCUUAAACGGUCGAUUUACGGUGAAGGAAAACAGUACAUCUCUCUGACCAGUGUCUGGGAGGCUGUGGUCACUGCUGCACAAAAAGUUGAUUGUCAACAGAUCAAGAAACUGACAGACUCCAUGGAUGGAAGGCUUAUGACUGUUAUUGAAAAGAAGGUUGGCUAUAUUGGUCACAGAUUUUUUUUUUAUGUUCAUUUGUAAAUUAUGAGUUGUUUGUUUAUUAUUCUCACUAACAGAUGAAAAUAAAAUUAGUGAGAUGGUGAACUUUUCGUUUUUCAUUUAGUUGCAUAAUAAUUCCUGCACACUAAUAGUUGCCCAAUAAUUGUGCACACAUAGAUAUUCUCCAAAGAAAGCCAAAAUCUCACUUUUACUUUCUAAAAUAUUCAGGUUUGAGGUUUAUUAACAUGUUGGAUUGACUGAGAGCACUGUAGUUGUUCAAUAAUAAAAGGAAUCCUCAAACAUACAACUUGCCUAAUAAUUGUGCACACAGUGUAUAUUCCCCCUCAAGCCGAUACCACAACGGCCCUUCUUUGUGCACUACACAAUAUAACUGGAUAUUUUAAAGAAUUUUAAUUACUAUACAUCUCUUUACACUACUUCUAUAAGCAAUUCCCACAUAACAGACAGCGUUGGGGUCAAUUCCAUUUCAUUUUAAUCAAUUCGGUAAGUAAACUGGAAUUUCAGUUAGUGAAUGUAAUGUCCACCAUCUUGUUUCUGCCUCUCUCACAGAAGUCUCCGGCUAAAAAGCUGAGCCACGCCAUCAGUAAGUCUCUGGGCUGUGUCCCCAUUGGAGAGCCACCUCACCCAAUGUUCCCUGAGCAGUCAGAGAAACCGCAGGACAGCAUGGCCCACACU